AUGCCCGACCUAAAGAUCCGUGCCCACCGAUCGACCUUAAAAGCACGGCCUCCGUUAGGGUUUGGAGAGAUGCAGCAGUGCCACGGAAAGGACAAGGCGGCUACCAGCGCGAUGCCGAACCACUCAAAGGGCACGGCAGCUGCGAGCGCGAUGCCGUACCACGUCAAGGACAAGGCGGCUACGAUCGCCAUGCAGCCGAAGCAGGUCUUUGCAGACGAGAACAUCGUGCAGGAGCCCUUAGCACAUCCUGAUCGAAUCCGACAAAGGGGGUUGAACAGGUUGCCGUCGCUUCGUGGAAAGGAGAUGGCAGACACACGCUCAAGCUCUCUGUUGUCACGGAAGCACCUUGGAAAGGAGAGAUCGCCGUCGCUGUCGCACAAGCUAAAGGAGAAGGUGGAUACAGGCUUGAUUCCACACAUGCAUAAUGCAAAGGUGAAGAUGUGCCCCUCUGAUCAGUUCCGCCAUCAUAUACAGGGUAUCCAGCGGCCUGUCAAGACUGAAUCACGUCUUGCCAGAGAGAUGUCUCAGAAGCGAAGGGAGAAGGUGGAUACAGGUCCGGUUCCACGGAAGCAUGGUGCAAUGGAGAAGACGUGCGUUUCUGAUCAGGAUAUGUGGCCUUUCAAGACUGAAGCAUGUCUUGCCGGAGAGAUGUCUCAGAAACGAAUGGAGAAGGUGGAUACAGGCUCGAAUCCACAGAAGCAUCAUGCAAUGGAGAAGACGUGCACUUCUGAUCAGGAUAUGUGGCCUUUCAAGACUGAAGCAUGUCUUGCCGGAGAGAUGUCUCAGAAGCGAAUGGAGAAGGUGGAUACAGGCUCGAAUCCGCAGAAGCAUAAUGCAAAGGAGAAGAAUCAGGAUAUGUGGCCUUUCAAGACUGAAGCAUGUCUUGCCAGAGAGAUGUCUCAGAGGCGAAUGGAGAAGGUGGAUACAGGCUCGAAUCAACAGAAGCAUAGUGCAGAGAAGAAGACGUGCCCCCCUGAUCAGCUCUGCCCACAUACACAUGGUAUCCAGCGAAAAGAGCGUCUUUCUGUAGAGAAGAAGCACACAAAAAGCAAUACAUCUUUUCCAGCGAAAAGAACAUCUCCACAACUCAGAACAAGAACAAGUUACCGCUGUUCCGAUGCGGGUACCGGUCGUCCCAUCGAUGCUCAUGACCAUGGCAACACUGGUGCUAUCCAGGAACAGAAACAAGUAUAUGCCGCAACACAGGUAGAUGAAGAUGUGGGCGACAUAAUCCAGAAGCUGAACGAACUGGGCUUGGGAGAGGACAUCGAGUUUGAGGAAUACUAUGGAUACUUGCAGCAGCUGCCUCCCGACCCCCGUGUUGAUACCUACACUGAAUUGAACCUUGAGGAUUACUUUAACAUGGACCUCCGCCAUGCGGUGUAUCGCAUCAGAUCCUACAAGUUGUUAAAAAAGGAGUCCAAUAAUGAGUUGUGCUGUGAUGAACUGAAAGAGUGCCCUAUGGAGCUUCUUGACAGAGAAGAAUUUCCUACAGAUUUCCUUGUGAAGAUGCGAUAUUUUAGCUUCUUCGACAAUGACGGCAUAUUAGACUGGUUCUUCGACCCUGAUCUCUGCAAGCUUGCUUGCGUGAAUGACUACCAGCGUCUAGUCCCUCGGAAGCAUAGUGCUUAUGAGUACGCUGGUUGGGUUGUGUACCGCGGUUACCUCCAUAGCUACGAGAUGCAACAUGAAUACAUCGAGUACUUCGAAACAUUAUUAAGGGAACUUAAGUGGUUGAAAGAUUGUCUACCGAGCAAGUUUUCACCUCUUACUGUAGGCAAGAUACGCACCAGAGGAAUUUAUCAAGCAACUAAGAUCGCCACUCGCUUUUCCAAGAUCACAACUCAUUUAGCUCGUAUUGGCUUCCGUGAUUGUUUUAACUACAUGAGCAUUGAGGCUACUUGGUGUAACGGGUCCGAUGGUCUCUAUUUCGAGAUUUGGAAGCGGGUCACUCAACAGAAGGAGAGUUUCAGAGAUAGCUUGAAGGAAGUCUAUAAGCUGAACAAGUGUCCAUCACUACAAGAUAGCAUAAAAUAUGCCAUGGAGCAUGACUGUUCCAUGAUGGAAACGGCGUUUCUUCGUUGCACGGUAGGGGCAGGCAUUACAAAGGAAGUACCAGAGGAUAAAGCUCAGGAGUUGAUUGCAGAGGCAGUUGAAAAGCUGAGGAUAAAACCCAAAUUCUAUGAUGGGUAUAUCAGAAAGAAGAUCGACAUUGCCAAAGCUAUAGGAAUGAUUACUGAGGAUAGUUCCACAGAUACUUUGAAGGACGAUUAUAAGCUGAACAAGUGUCCGUCAUUCCAACAUAGCAUAAAAUAUGCCUUAGAGGAGGACUGUUCUGUGAGGGAAUGGAUGGUAUCAGAGGAUAAAGCUCAGGAGUUGAUUGCAGAGGCAGUUAAAAAGCCGAGGAUAAAACCCGAAUUCUGUGAUGAUAUCAGUGAGAAGAUAGAAAUUGCCAAACCUGUCGGAACGAUCACUGUGGAAUGA